AUGCAGAUUUUUGUCAAGACUUUGACGGGGAAGACUAUCACCCUGGAAGUGGAAUCUUCCGACACUAUCGACAAUGUUAAGAGCAAGAUCCAGGACAAGGAAGGUAUUCCUCCGGACCAACAAAGAUUGAUUUUCGCUGGUAAACAAUUGGAGGACGGCAGAACUCUCUCGGACUACAAUAUCCAAAAGGAGUCCACUCUCCACUUGGUUUUGAGAUUGCGUGGUGGUAUGCAGAUCUUUGUGAAGACUUUGACAGGGAAGACCAUUACUUUGGAAGUGGAAUCUUCUGAUACUAUUGACAACGUUAAAAGUAAGAUCCAGGACAAGGAAGGUAUUCCUCCGGACCAACAAAGAUUGAUUUUCGCUGGUAAACAAUUGGAGGACGGCAGAACUCUCUCGGACUACAAUAUCCAAAAGGAGUCCACUCUCCACUUAGUUUUGAGAUUGCGUGGCGGGCUCAGAUAA